UUUUGCAGUCGUGAUCUCAUUUCCUUUUGGGUAAAAUAAGGCUCAGUUUUCCCUUUACAUUACAUUGGAAAAUGCAUUUGUUGUUGACGUUUUCAAUAUUGUUAUUUAGUUUACACUGCAAUUUGUUACACUGCAAAAGUAAAUAAAGCGUUACGAGUUAAAAUUGCGAGUUGCUUGUGAGUUCAGGAACAUGAUUCGCCACAGAACGUCAACGAAAUGCCUCAGAACAAGAACGCCCAUUACCCGUUUUUUUAAUGAAAUGGAGUGCUCGAAGGUGCAUUCAUUUCAGUGACGUUUUCUUCUUCUUCUUUUUUUUUUUUUUUUUUUUUUUUUACAAAUUGGAUCUCAGAAGACUAGGUUUGACCAAAAAGACCAAGCCGGCCAAAAUCUCUCACUGUGUUUUUAUUAAUACUAAACUUUGCUUUACAAAAAGCAUGUCAAUAAUGGACCACAGUCCCACCACUGGGGUGGUGACUAUCAUCGUGAUUCUUAUUGCCAUUGCUGCCCUGGGGGCUUUGAUUUUCGGAUGCUGGUGCUACCUACGCCUGCAGCGCAUCGGCCAAUCAGAGGAUGAGGAGAGCAUCGUUGGUGAGGGGGAAACUAAAGAGCCCUUUCUGCUGGUCCAGUACUCUGCACGAGGGCCUCAUGUUGAGCACAAGACCAAGCUCACCCCUAAUGGUACUGAAAGCCACAGCUAAAGGCUCUCUCUAGAGGCCCGCACUGUGUUAAGAUCCACAAUGAUCUGGCUUGUAGGCUUCUGUUGUACACCAGGCAUUAUGGAACAUUCCGCCUUAAGCUAAUGUUCCUUUGAGAAGAUGAGUUCUACUGGAGAACAAAAUGUAUGCAUGAAUUUAUCUAGCUGCUCUGUUGUUUGAUAUUUUUUUUUUCUUUGUGGUCUAGUGGAAGCCUAUUAUAAUGUGAAAGUAAUUAAUUUCUGCAUUUUCACAGUAGUUGGUUUUAUUUAUAUGCUAAAUUAUGCCCUCAGUCUUUAGAGGACAGGGGUUGGCCAAAAUUGUUUUUCAUGAUAUGGUAUUUUAGGAGCACAUUGGUUUAAAUCAGAGCUGGCUCUGGUAUAAAUACCUGUCACAAGUCCCUAUGAAAUGUUUUUCUUUGAUGAGAACUGAUUAUGGUGCAUUUGUGUAGUUUACUUUAAUUUGACUCACUUCAGUUUUUCAUUGAAAAAAAAAAAACAGUUGGUGCACACUGGAAGUGCUUUUUGACCUAGGAACCACCUCCUCCAGAACCACUCGUUAUAGUUCAUACAUUUCAUUUACUGUUCAUUUACUGCUUUCUUUCAUGCACUUUAUUUCUAGCACAGAGGUGAGUUUUGUGGUGGUAGUGGUGGUUUAAAAAAAUAGAAUCUCAUAAAAUUUCACAUACAGCCUUAGUUGCUGUUCUGUCCUGCUAAGAAGCCAUUGUAGUAGAGCUAAUGACUGGGCAUCAGUGUAUAGGAUUAUGCUGGUGACAUCCCAGAGGUAUCUGUUAUUGUGGCUGAGCACAUAUCUAUAUAGAAGCAGAGGAGGUAAUUAGAACAAUAUAAAUUUUAUUUUUAUAGACCUUUUACAUUUGUCAUGGUGAAAAAGCUGUAAGAUAUCUUGUAGCCUAUAUGUUUUUCUUUUUAUGAGUGUGUCUUUUGGUCAUCUGUACAUGUGAGAAAUGAUGUUAAAGAAAGUGAUUUAUUUUUAUAAAACAUUCAGGUAGACUAUGUUCAUAGAAUUCAUUGAUCAGAUUUUUGCAUUUCGAGAUUUGGGUUUUUUGGCCUGCUGAGGGAGCAAGCAGAACGUUUGAAAAUGGCAAAACAAUCAUAUUUUCUGACAUUGUUGUAAUGGAGAAUUAUUGUGUCCUUUAAUACCAUCAGACCUAGCAUACCUUCUAUGUAUGCCUUUCUAAAAAUGUGAUUGUAUUUCUGUGAAUUGGGGAUUUGUGCAGUUAAAUUUCCAUGACUAUACCAGUCCAUGAGAGUACAUCAUGUUCAUUCUACCUGUCUUUGGGGCAGUCUGUGCCAUUUCAGUCAUGCUGUCAAUGUUGCUUUAUGUCACUAACAGAAUUCCCGGUGAUCUCCUACACUGAAGAAUAAACAUUUUCACCAUUACA